CGUGAGCAGUGCAGGACAACAUUGGAGAAAACAAUUAUACUCAGAAGACAACAUUGAAGAAAACAAUUAUACUCAGAGGACAACAUUGGAGAAAAGACAACGUGGGAAGUUCCGGAAAAUUUAUAGAAAACAAAAUCUUUUUGUAGAUUUUCAAUAUUUAAAUUAUGGAAUUACUAAUUAAUAUCAAACAUGAAAAUGGAAGCCAAUAAGUCAUAUAUUCUUAAUGAAGAGAAAACGAGUACAAUGGUGGGAUGUAAUACUUCCAAAGGACAAGUAGGAUGUGCAAUGAGUCAAGCGCCAAAUAGUGUCAUUUGUAAAGAUACUUCAGUCCCGAAGAAUCAUUCCAAUAAAGCUAUUCCGGUGGAAGCCUUGCAAUAUCAUCGCCGGAAGUUAACACCACAAGAACAGUCUCGAAUGGUUUGCAACACAUCGGACUACCGGUGUCAAGAUGAUAUUUUUACAGCAGCUACAAAUGGACGAAUUGGAUCUGCAUCUAUUUUAUCAUCAUCACAGUUAGAAAGUCAGCCAUAUUUCACAAGUGUUGGUCAACAGAUGCAACACCAACAGCAACCAGUGCGGCAUCAACAAAUACACCCUUUACGAAAUUCAGUGCAGCUCAAUCAAAAAUCGGUUUGUAUGUCGAAUAGUGUCUUUGACUGUAACGAGGAAACACUUAAUUGUGGCGAAAGAAAUGAGAGUAAUGAGCGGCUGAUUGCAGCAUCUACUCAAACUCAAUAUUAUGAAAACCAGACCAUUAAUAAUUGCGAUGCAAUUACUGCUUUGUCUUCAGCUGUAACAAUUGAUUCCAGUGGAGGAGCCUUGGCUACUACAGUCGCUUCUGGUCAAAUGAUGUACACAGUACAUCGAGUGGUUACAACAGCACAAAUUCAAACCGCUCUUGGCAACACUUAUGCUUCUUCUUCCAGUGUUUCUAGCGUUGUUAGUGCUCUUCGAAAUGAAAACGACAAUUUGUCAACUCCUACGAGUAUGUCUACAAGUUUGACAACUAUACCUGGAAACGGUAUUGUCGGAAUUUCUGGUAAUAUUUUCAGCAAAAUCGAUGAUAAUUCUAAUGCAAGAAACAGCCUUAUAAUAAACGCAGCAGGUAUAUCUGAUUCCCAACAAUCCGAAGGUGCUGGUCUUUUGGCAAAAGGUGCCCAGAAAUUAAACAUAACAUCAGAUCACUCUAGAUUGCAAAGUGCAUCAUGUAAUAAUUCAAUUAUUAUGAAUGGUAUAAAUGGAUCCAAAUCAACAUCAUUGAUACCAAGGCCCUUGCAAAAUGUAAUACCAACGUGCGUAUAUUUGAUGUCUCGCAUUGCUGUACAUAUGGAAAUCGAAGGAACAUCUCAAUGUCCUACGCAAGUAAUGUUGGCUGCAGCUUUAGGAUGUGAAGAGUUAGGAAUUGCAAACAAGCUAUUAGCGCAAAGUAUUUUCGGAUUAUGGAUGACGAGUGGACUUUUAGAUAUCCAGUUGAAAUCACAUCACCGACCUUUUGCGGUAAGAGUAGUAUGGCAAUCCCUACUUGAUAAAUUCAGCACCGGAAAUCCUAUUGAAAAAAAAUUUGAUGAUCCAAUGAUAAUGCUUAAACGAAAUGUAUUUUUCUCAAAACGUGACGAAGAGAAAAUUAAGGACCAUCGCAUUUUAGAGUUGUUAUACGAAGAAGCCAAAUAUAAUGUUUUAACUGGUCGAUAUGUAAUGGAAGCAUCGCAUGCUUUAAUGCUAGGCGGUAUACAAGCAAGAAUCGAGUUGGGUCCGUACAAUUCCCAUACCCAUACAAUUGGUUAUCUAAGAGAAAACCAAUUAAGAUUUCUACCACAACAUAUUGCAAGGAGUACAAGCUGGACUUGGUUACCAGUCAGUCGAAAGAAUUCGGCGGAGGUUAAGCUUUUAGAUCAAUUCAAACGUGUACCUUUAACUGCCACGACAAAAAAACUUAUGCGCAAGUAUUUGGAAUUUUGCUGGGCACUUCCUUUUUAUGGAGCUGCAAUUUUCCACGGCCAAGUGGAGCAACCUGUCCGUGGCCUAAUGAGUUUGGUUAGUCAUAAAGAUGUACGAGUUCUAGUAGCAGUCAAUGAACGCGGAAUAUUUAUUAUAGAUCCAUUAGAGUGCACUUUACUACUCGGACUACGUUAUGAGGAUUUUUCAUGGGACUUUGCCAAGCCUAGCGUGAAUAAUGAUCCCGACUGUCAAACUUGCAUAUUUAUUCAAUUCGAUGCCAUGGAAAACGGAAUUCAUGUGUCCAAGCUGAUGCAAAUAUUUUCUAAACAAGCGAGUAUGAUUGACGCCCUCAUCUCACAUUUUACUGAACAAAUUCGAAAACUUAGAGCGAGCGGAAAAACGGGCGAUCAAUAUGAUGCAGAGCCCUAUCCUAUUCAAAACAAUGGAAACGGAAUUCUUUGCAAUAAGUUAUGGAGACUAACAUUAGCGACAUUUGAUGAAGAAGGACGUUGUAUCGGACAAACUGGAUCAUUAUCUAUUAGUUAUUAAGCAAAAUGAUUUAAACUUCAAAUAUCUGUAGUCCCACAUAUUACCAAAUAUGUACGUGUAAUUAUAAAUAAAAAUCAUACAUACCUUUAAAAUUAUGUUGUAGCACUGUAGUGCCGAGCCCGAAGGUCCCAUUUCUUUAGUUUAUAUUCAUUUCAAUCGACUCGUUUCAAUCAUCGUGCAAAAAUAUGUAAAAGGAAACAUGGAAUAUUAUUUGGGAUAUAUGGGUUGGAAUCCCCAGAUUCUGUUCCAAUAGUGACUAGUCAUAAGUUUCAAGAUCUUGGUUAGUUACAACAAAUCAUUAUUACUACAUGUUUUUAAACUAUAAAAAUUACUAAUCCUCUGCAAUAGAGAAUUGAAAAAAUUCUUAUUUAUAAAUGAAAGGCUUAGAUCUUUAGAUUAAAAAAAAUCAUGAUGCUAAUAAGAAAAACGAGGAACUGAAAUCUGAAAGUAAGCAUGUGUGAAUCGAACUAAAACAUUAGGAUUGAUUCUCUUGCCCUUGCAAAAUCCUUGCACGGUGCACGGAUUUCAAAGUUUUCCAAUCCACAACAACAAAAUACACUGAAAAUAAAAUUUGCAAUGACUGAAAUAUAUGCUACACCAAAACCUGCAAUGAGUUGUAGCAAAAUAAUUGCAACAUUUCGCUAAUAAUUUGUUUUCUGCUAUGGGGUGUUCUCGUGCUGUUGUAUAUUUUGGUGUAGUAUUUUUGAUUUCCGUGCAAUCGUGCAAUAUUGCAAGCGCAAGAGAAUCCCCCUAUUAUAUUUAUUAAGUCGUGAAGAUUAAGUAAUUGAAGUUGAAGUUAAGUAGUUGAAGUUGAUGUUCUAUCUAAACAACUGAGUAGAUACUAAAAAAGAAGCGAUUCUCAUAAAAUGGUAAUACUUCCCCAGCUUUUAAGAGUGACAAAUAGUGGUAAUAAUUAAAAAGAAGCAAUAUUUUACACUACGAAGAAGCUCAGAUGAAGACUGAAAAAAUUCAAGUUGUAACAAUUGCAGUUAAAAUGCGAUAUCGGUCAAUAUUCUAUAUCUCUCUAUAGUCCACCCAGGCAUAAUAGAAAACUGAUACCAAAAAACUUCGAACCCCCUAACAAUUGAUUCUUUAAUUUUGCAGUUUGGGUCCCCAAAACAUGAGGACCUCGGUGCUUCUAACCUAAUAUUAUGGUUUCCAACUUUCAAUGGACUUUAUAGAAUAUAUAUAA